AUGCCCAAAACAAACGACCGAGCAGCCAACCUCCAAGCACGAGACAGUGACAGCGACGAUGAGCUCAUCGGUGCGGAUCCAGACGAGGUCGCCCUGGCUCGCGGGGACUUGGAGGAAUCUGUCGACUGGUUCGACUGCGAGCGCCUCUGGUGA